CCGUGUCCCCUGCCAUCCCCAUCAGUGUCCCCGCAUGCCGCUGGCAAGUACGGCUUCCGGGCCAGACGCUGCUGGGAGCCCACCAUGAGGGGCUCAGAGUUGGGCCCCAGCCCCCCCAAGCCCACCCCUGCCAGGCCCACCGUGUGGCGACCCCCAGCCUUGCCCACCCUCCUGGCCGCAGGCCUGGCCCUGAUCACCCUGGGGGUCCUGGUGGCCACCCUCUCCAUGAGGGGGGCGUCUGUGGAGCACGAGGCUUGGGUCCAGGGGGUUCCCUAUGCCCCCUGCCUGCAGCAGGAGACCUCCGAGUACUACCGCACGCUCACUCCUGCCCUGGAGGCCCUUUUCACCGGAAGCUUCCGGAAGACAGAGCUGGAGGCCUCCUGCCUGGGCUGUGAGGUGCUGGACUACAGGUGUGGGGGCCUCGGGGGCCCAGAAGGUUCCAGGGGUUCUGGGGGGCCUCAGGGGUCCCGGGAGUCUUGA